AUGUGUGGUCGUAUUCGAGCGUUUCGCGAGGUGCAGCGUAAGGGUGACCAGCAGCAACUCAAGUCACCUGCUCGCGACCAUGCCGAGUCCUCUGUCGUGUACGAUCUGCUUCGGUGUAUGUUGUCCAUUGCAGUUCAUGCCACUCCGCUGCACGUGAAUGAAAACAAUGUGCGCAUUGCCCUAAAGGCAGCACGACGCUGUAUCGAAACAUUCUCUGCUGAUAUCCGUCGCCUGGAACAGAUGGCGGCCAGAGCCAGUACAAUGGAAGAACUAGGUCGAGUAGUCCGAUCGUUUCAUAGUAUCUAUCGCUUUCACUUGUUCGCACGUUUAUCUAAUCUCACGGCCCGCAUGCGUGAAGAACUGCCCAAAGAACCAGAGAAAUCUCAUUGUUCAACCGCUCCAUUAUCUGCGUCCAAAACAUCAGUCGCUUAUGUAAAUCCCUCGACUGUGGUUUCCAUUCCGAACUCUCUGUCUUCGGGUGUAACAAUUGAUCUAACCGAGGAGAACGACUGUAGUAAUACUGCGCUUUCAAAAUCUAACUCAUCCAGUUCUCUGUCCGAUAAACCACCUACCUCGACUGCAUCUGAUAACACACCUGUGGUGGGUGAUGCGACAGCAGAACCAUUCCGCUCGUCUCCUGUCAGCAACUCGGACCACGCACCAAAUCCUGGGGACACCGAUAAUCCAGUUGCGGAUGAAGACGAUGAUGACGAUGACGAUGAUAUUGAUUGGAAAUUAGAUAUGUUAGCCAAUUUAUCGCAGUCGGAAGCCCCGGCUUUGAUUUUUGAACGUGAUAGUCGUCCUGAAGAAAAUGAUCAACAAACUGCACAGACCGCUUCUGUAGAGAACCUGAAUGCUACCAACCAAUCAGAUGAAACCUACGAUGGUUCAUCGAAAAGUACACCUUUCGACCUACCCCAAUCGGCCCUUGUUCCACAACCUUCGGUCUAUCUAGAAGAUAUCCGUGAUCAGCUUGGUGAUAACUCGUAUCUCUGUUUGCGAGACGACUCCAGCAUAAAAGCAUUUGAGACGAAAAAGACGGGCUCUACCCUUGCAGAUCCCGAUCCCAUACAACACCUUGAGUCUCGUCAAAUGGCAUCAAUUGAUGAUCUCAACAAACAGAGCUCGUCUCCUCACGACUCUAACGCAGACAAAACCGACAAUGAGACUAUUGUCACGGAUGCAGAUCUGGAUACCAGUUUGCAUGAAGAGAACCAUGAGUUAGUUCGCCAACAAAGCGGGAAAACCAAACCAGACAAAUCUCAGGAGAAAUCUUUGACCGAAUCUGGAAGUUGUGAAUCAACCGAUCCGAGUUCAAAGGUGAGCUCAGUUCAAGUCAUUUAA